CUCUUCAACUCGGGCACCAACAGCAUGCAGACUGGCAGAAUGAUCUUAAUUUGCAUCGCUUCUCAGGAGGACAAUGUGGUGCCGGACGUGAACCGCGACGUCAUCCGGUUGAUCGGCGUAGUCACCCUGACGGCUCUCUGUCUCCUACAGUACUUCUCUCCUCAGUUUGGGCGCAAACUGAAUCAGGGAUUAGCCAUCGUCAAGAUCUUAUUUCUCGUCACAUUAUGGAUCGUGGCCCUCGCGGCCACUGGCCACCCGCUGAAAAAACCAGAUGGAACCGUUGUAGACCGAGCGGCGGAUUGGCAUAUAUGGCACAAGCCUAAUAACUCUUGGAAUAAGUUCGCCAAGGCGCUCUUGUCAGUCUUGUUCAGCUUCGAAGGGUGGGAGAACGCGACAUUUGUCGCCGGCGAGAUCCCCAAGGACCGUCCCCAAGUAUUGCGACGCGGAUUCAUCAUUGCCGUCUUCACUGUCGGUAUGCUGUACUUACUGGUUGUCUCCGCGUUCCUCAACUCAAUCACAUGGGAAGACAUCCACGGGGCUAGCCAAAAUGUCAACUAUGCACCAAUGCUCUCAGGCAACGGAGUUACGGCGAGGCGAGCAUGGGCGAUUGUGGCUGCCAUCUCGGCUUUGGGGAGUCUAAACUCGAUUAUCUAUACUUUCUCAAGAGUCAAGCAGUCCAUUGGUCAGGCCGAAGUGCUACCUUGGUCAAAUGUCUGGAAGAAGGACGAUGAGAUUCAACGAGAGCUAGCCCCAGACCACCCGGGCUACUUCAUUCACAAAGCUCCCCAAGGCGGCUUGAUUAUCCACUGGACGAUGAGCGUGGUGGUGAUUGCCGGGUCGUCCUCCAUCCCGGCCACGCUUGAGUCAGUCAGCUUGCCAGGCUACGUGCAGACGUAUGCGCACUGCUUCAUCCUCAUGAUUAUCGGCGCCGCCUAUCUCAACCUCAGUUCUCGUGAGGAGGCGUUGUCCCGCCCGACCCGCGAGCUGGCACGAAGACCCACCCCGAACAAGUCUCGAAGGCCUCCAUUUCGCUUUUCUAAAAUGACCAGUAGUGUUGGUCACUGGGGCAUGAGGGUAUUCGUCCUCGCAUAUGUGGCCCUAAACCUCGCAAUUCUCGUCAUUAAUGCAAUCCCGCCGUACGAAGGCUCUGAUGGUAGCAAGAUCGCCUUCAAGGGCUUCGGAUUCCCCACCAUUAGUCUAUCUAUCCUUCUUUUCGGCAUCGCAUACUACAUCCUUGUAUUCGGAACAGCCACUCGCAUAUAUCAUCAACCUGAUAAUCCCGAAGCACCGCCAGUAGUGGAAAGAGGUCUGCUUGCGAGGUCGUCUCCGUGGAAUCUCCUCCGAUUCGCCAACGUGACGUAUGAGAUAAGGAAGGACAGGUAUUUUGAUACGGAAUUGGAUAGAGUGCGCCGCUUUGGACGUCGCUGGAGGAUCGUAUAUUAUCUACCCGGGGACGAUGCUCCUACACCAAUUGAGAAUGGCAACCCCAUCAAUCCAAAUGGUGGAGCGGUACAUGCGGCUCCAGCUCAACCUCUUUUAACCUGGGCCAUAUUCUGGUACUGGUUCUUCGGAGGGACUCGAUUAAGGAAGACAAUGUCGAGAACCAUUGGAGAUUGGUGGACGGCACGAAUGGUGAAGAAAUUUCCACCCAAACCUUAGAGUCAGCUUUCAAAGAUGGAUGGAGAUGAUGAACACUUUUAUAAAGCAUUCAAAGCAACAUCUUAGCAACAGAGACGUAAAAUGGAGAGCACUAGAUCAGAAUAUAG